CGCAGUUGGCAUGGUCCGCCGAUUCUGCUGCACCAGUAAGCCGGGGCCCCAUUACUCGAGUACAAAUUGUGUAAAUGUGGCGGCUGAUGACCUGACCGAAAACAUAUGUUGCGUUCGUGUUUCUCGGCUAGCUCGUCAACACGAAAGCAUCGAUCUCAUUCGGCCCCGCGCCGUGCCGUCAGUUCGUAGUGGACGGCGCUGCUGCCCCUUUUAGCCUCCGUUCCUCCUGACGUGUACUACAACUUUGAGCAUGGCGUUCGCAAGCGCUUUUCCUUGCGCCGUGCUCUUCCUAGCUAUUCUAUGUGAAAUUAACUUCGUUAGAGCUCCAAGUCCACCGACACGCAUCUUAUGUGUUGACAAAGGGUGUCAAGGAAAACUAGGCGAAGGAAUCACGUUACAGGCCUACGCUCCUAUAGUGGACGGUUACAUCAGUUUCGGCAAGAAUGAAAAGGUCACAGUUUUCGGCAAAACGGAGAAAAGCGAUGUCCUGCACAUUCAGGUCGGCGAGAAACGUGGCUAUGCCCCUGAGAAUGUCAUCAAGAUUGAAAGAAUGUUUUUUACUAAAGAUCAGCUGGUGGAAGUUGAGAUUGAGUCCAUGCAACCCUCAAAGUCUGUUCCAGAGGAAGCAACACAAGCCACAGCACAACUCACAGAGCCCGUGCCCACAGAGGCGACGCCUAGUCCACCAGUCAUGAAAAGGUGCCGGAUAUAUGGCACUGUUAUGAGCGGUUCUAUAUGCGACGACGAAGAAGCCAGCGAGCUGAUUGAGGAGGUCAAUGCCGUGACUCAGCUGGAGAGCAGCGUGGGUGAUUCGCCAACAUCUUCUCUCGACAGCUGGUCACCCUCAUUUACGACUGAUAUAAAGCUUGAUUUGUCAUCUGAAGUGUAUGGUAGUAAAGCUUCAGAAGAGACCAUGAUAGUGAGCAGCACGGAAAUUCCUGGUUUGAACCAUACAGAAAUUGACGAUGUAGAUGUUGGAAAAGAAAAGGCAGCCUCUAGUGAGCAGCCGUUGGAUGCCUCUUUGGAGACGGCAAAAGAUGAAGGUGUCGAGGUGUCGGUUGAGGUGGAAGACGAAGAUGAGCAAGAUGCUAAGGAAGAAAAGCCUAUUCCCGGUGAAGUUGACGAGGAGGAUGAGACACCUUCAGACGAGGACCACUUGAAAGACGAUGGGGAAACUACAGAAGCAGCUUCGUCCUUGGAACCAUCCAGAACAGACCUCGGUGCAGGUUCUUCAGGUACAAUUGCAUUUGCCAGCCUGUCCACGCCAUCACUGCCGGUUCAGCAACCCGACUCGGCUACCACCGAUCAACUUCUGUCUUCAACAGUUCUUUCUCUGCACUCAAAAGCAUCAACCAGCGAAGGUGAAUUUCCGUCCUCAACAGCACUUCCUCUGCCAUCAUCAGCAUCAACCAGCGAGGCUGGAAAUCCACUGCCUUCGGAAACAGGUUCGAGUGCUAGUUUAGUGGAUAAGCCUUCACUAAUUACUGACGUGGAUGAGCCUUCCACAGAGUCUCAGCUUCCCGCCAUACCAACAUCUUCACAGGACGUUUAUUCGUCGCAGUCGCUCAAGCAGCCUUCUUCAUUGUCAACUGCAUCUUCACUGCCCGUGGAGACUGGGCUUGGUACAAAUUCCAUUCAUGAACCUGCCCUGACUUCGAGUUCAGUUGAUCCACUCUCAGACCAGCUGCAUUCAAAGCCAUCUACAUACGAAGAGGUGGGUAUUUCAUCACUACUGCUGUCUGAGCAGUUUUAUGCCUCUACUUUUGAAUCACCUUCGUCUCUGGAAACAGAGCCCUUUGAAAGCUCUACUGAAGGACUUAGUUUGACAGAUUCAACUGUGCCCCCAAUUGAACCGAGCUUGACGAAGAAGUCUUCCAUCGUGGACAGUUCCGUGGCUAUAUUGUCAACUGGGUCAGACGAAGCCCCCAUUUCAUCUGUUCCAGCACCACAGCCUGUAGAGGCUAGUCUGAGUUCAAGCUCUGCUGUCGAACCUGCAGUGUCUGAAUUGCCCGUGUCAUUGCAGGAAAAGCAUAUGCAAAGUGCCCCACUUUCCGAGUCCCUUGUCUCGCAGUUAGGGUCAUCGUCUGCGGAUGAUAGCCUUGGAACAACAGUGUUGCCGUUUUCAUACGAAGGCAUAGCGGAAAGCUCUUUUGUUGCGCCUUUGGAAUCCAUCUUGGCUGCACCUUCACUGGAAGAGAAUCGUGCCUACACUGCUGCCUCAGAAGAUCUCUUCGUUACUACACCAUUGGCUCCACUGUCUGACGAAACUCCAUCGCUUUCACUGCCUGAUGCUCCACAGCUUGAGAAGUCUUCUGCAGAAAGUGCGGCUACCCCUAUGUCUUCAGUAGCACCACCUACAGAACCUAGCAGUCAAGUGGAUUUGGAAUCCGUUGCGACUUCGCAAGGAGAAGUCGCACCUGCAGAACCCACCGCUGAGGCUCUCGUGUCUCUCUCCUUGCUGCCAGCAGAUGGCCUGGCCGCUUCACCAGAGCAAGCCGAGACGGAGCCGAGCCAAGAGCAAUCGAGCGGUGGCACCACAGACUGGGGAGUGGUCGAGGAGUACUUCUGGCAGAUGCUUGCUCUGUUGCCCGAGCCUUUGCGAGCAGCACUGGACUGGCCUCUGUUGUCGUCCCCGGUGCCACUUCUGCUGGCCUGCUGUGGCCUGCUAGCUGCCACCAUGGUAAUCGCCCUUCACACUGCUUGGCUGUCUCAUCGAAAAGCAUCGUCGCUUGCAGGCAGCUUGUCCAUGCUGGAGCAGCGGCUUUUCACCCUGGAGACGGAGCGGCAGGUGCUGUCGGACCAGCUGGUGCAGGCCAAGGCACAGGCAGAUCGCGGAGGUCGUACCCUGUCCCAGCAUGAACGUGAGCUGGACACGCUUCGCGAGGAAGUGCAGAACCAAGAAGAACAGCUGCGCAAACUUCGAACUCGCCUGUCUGAGCAAACGCAGAAGCUGGAAGCAAACCAAGUUGCCCUGGCUGUCGCUCAAAAGACGUUGAUGGAGAAGGAGUCGGAAGCGACUGAACAGGGUGCCGCACUGGCCGCCCUGGAGCGGCAGUUGAGCGAGGCGUGUGCGGAGCGCGACCACUGGCGAGAGCAGGCCGCCGAGAGCCAGGCUCAGGAGCGUUCGCUGCAGCAGAGCCUUUCGGACGCCACCGACACCAGUGACCGGCUCUGGAGCGAGCUGGAAGCGCUCAAGCACAGGCAAGAGGCCCUGUGUGAGGAGGUGAGUGCGAGCAACCAGGAGGCAACCAAGAUGGCCGAGCAGCUGAAGCAGAAGGACGAACGCAUCCAGGUGCUGGAAUCGUCCCUAGCUCAACUGGAGGCGCUUCGGAGACACCGGACUACCUCGGAGGGGGAGGAUGAUGCCGAGACUGAAGCUGAUGAGGAAGGAGCAGCAAAGGCUCGGCUGCAAGAGCUGCUGGACGCUACGCAGGCGCGCAAGGAGCGGGAUCAACUCGAGGAGCAGCGGCAGCAGCUGCGGGCACAGCUUGACGAGAUGCAGGAGCAACUGCGUGCUCAGCAAGUGCGUGUGGAGUCCUUGGAGAAAGAGUUGGAGAAGAGUGCGGAGGCAAAGGCCGAGGCCGAGCGGCAGAGUGCGGAGGCCCGGACCAAGCUGGAUGUGCUUUCCAACUACUUCAAGGACCGCGAAGUGCAGCUGCAGAAGGAAGUGGGCAUGCAGGAGGUGGAGCGACGACAGCGGGAGACUGAGGCCAGUACGGUCACUCAGCAGCUCACCCUGCUAGAGCAGCAGUGCCAGUCUUACAAGUCUCAGUUGUCGUCGCUGCGCCAGGAGAUGGAGCUCUCCGAUCGCAACUACAAAAACCAGGUGGCAGACCAGGAGAAGAGGGCCCACGAGAAUUGGCUGGCUGCACGGGCUGCAGAGCGCAAGUUGGAAGAGGCCAACCGGGAUAGGACAGCCCUGCGCCAGAGGUUAACCCUGCUGGAGCGGGAGUUGCAACAGCCACCACCGUUGCCACCGGGUGAUCUGUUUCCGCCACGGCCUCCGCUCCUCAGCAAGGAUGACAUGCCGCUGCUGGACGGUGCCCCACCCCUGCCUCCCCUGGACAUGCUGCCACCACCACCAUUCCCACCAUUCCCACCGCCACCACCCCCCGAGCUGCUCAAGCACAUGCGCGCGACGGGUGGCAGCCCACACUUCUUUGACAUGGCGCCGCCCCCGCCGCCGUUCGUGCCACGACCAGGCCGCUCCAGCCAGGCCUCCGUUAGCUCCUCCGCCUCGGAUAGCAGAGGUCGGCCACUCAAGUCUAGUCCCCAGCCGUUGUCAGCGGACAGUCGACGAAAUGGCACCGGUGGUCGCAGCACACCGCUAUGAUACACCCGACCUUAGGAAAGGACUGUAAAUGAGGGUAGCGGUACAUCAAUCGUCCACUACCCUUCAGCCCCCAGGGAGUGUUUUUCGAAUGACACGCUAGGAGAGCGUGAGGUGGUCCUCACAACCACUCGCCACGCUACCACGAAAUGCCAGGGGACUGACCCAACGAAGCAUCGUUUAUACAUGUGCCCCGGUGCUACUGAGCAAGGACACUGCAGUUUUCAUCUUGGCCCCUGCGUCUACUCGCGAUUGCAUAGACGUGUGUAAAUAAAAAUGAUGGAUCCUGUC